AUGGAAGAAGAACUCUCUCGACUCCGCGCCGGGGUGGAUGACCGGAAAGACAAGACGCAGAAGCCCGCCGAUGAUAACCAGAUCCUCGCGAUGUACAUCGUCGCUGCUCAAGCCGCCACUCAAGCCACCGCCCGAGUGCACAGCGAAGAUCGAAGGCGCGACGACGAAAGAUUCAACCGCAUUAUAGACGGAUUCAAUUGCAUGGUGGACGGUAUCAGUGGUCUUGCCGGUGAGAUUCGCGCAAUAUUGUCGAUCACGCGAGCCCGAUUGAUUCGCCAAUGCUCUAAAAAGGAGAGUAUAGCCCAACGGUUCGACUGGAUCACAAAUACCUUCUUGCACGCUCCGCUGACUGCGAUUGUGAUAAUUAAACUGUCUCCGGAUGUGAUUCUGUGUUCUUAG